GCCGCGGGCCGCAGGGCCGCCAUGGGGGACGACGCCGCCGCCGCCGCCGCCUCCUCGGCCAAGGGCGCGCAUCUGCUCGUCGAACACCUGCGCCGCCGCACGCACUUCUCCAGGCAGGAGAUCGAGGCGCUGUGCAGGGUGUACCGCAGCCUGGUGGCCAGCACGAGUGCUGCGGGUGGCUCCCCCGCCGCCGCGCAGGCGUCGGCCGUCGCGGUCGCAGCGCCGCCCCUCGCCGGCGUCGCCGCUGUCGAGGGACUGGACCGCGUGGUGUUCCGCGAGCUGCUGCACAACACGUUCGACCUGGUGACGGAGGAGGUGCUGAUGGACCGCGUCUUCUGCGCCUUCGACCGCUGCAACGACGGCGUGGUGCGGCUCGAGGAGUGGGUGCAGGGGCUGUCCGUCUUCCUGCGGGGCACGCGCGAGCAGCGGACCGCCUUCUGCUUCCUCGUCUACGACCUCAACAGCGACGGCUACAUCACGCGCGACGAGAUGUUCCACCUGCUCAGGAACUGCCUGGUGAAGCACCCGAACGACGAAGAUCCGGACGAGGGCGUGAAGGACCUGGUGGAGCUGGCGCUGCGCAAGCUGGACGCGGACCGCGACGGCAAGGUGUCCUUCCAGGACUUCCAGAAGGCGGUCCAGGCGGAGCCGCUGCUGCUGGAGGCAUUCGGCCAGUGUCUGCCAGCCGAGAGCGCCUGCCACACCUUCCUGGCCACCCUACGGGAGCCCCAGCCCUGACUCGGAGUACCAGUCCCGAGUGGCAGACCAUCAAGUUACACACUUCAAUGGGUCCCAGUCACCCUCCCAUUCUGCAAAUGUACAUAUUUAAUAUCACACAUUCUAAAUUAAUACAAGUAAUGUUUUUAUACUGUUACUAGUGUGCUCAUCUAUUCUUAUCUUCAUCUCGAAUCACUGAAGCCCAUUUCGAAAGCAUGAAUUCUGGACAGGUUUUUAUGUACUUUUCUUUGACUUAUCGAAUGUCUGAGCACGUAACAUCUAGAAAGGACAAUGUCACUACCUACUAAUAGUAACAUAAGUAUUAUCCUCAUGAGCAGCUGAAGGUCCUCAGAAACGAUAAAUUUAGAGACUGUGAGAGCAUUCGAUCUACAAGGAAACAUACAAAAAGUUACUGUACGUGGAAUAUAUUUAAACAACGGGAACGGCUAUACUGCACUAUGUAGUGGAGACCUCAAUUACAUAGUGUCAAAAACAAGGGUGUUGGGGGGGGUUGGAGGGGGAAGGUCAAGUGGCAGUAAAGCACAUACCAGUCUCGAGUCUCGCUUUUGCAACUAAUUUCAUGUCGCGUUCUUCAGCUUCUCUUGGCACUGAUGACGAGACAUUAAUAUCGGUCACAAGGCGACAUGUCUGUGUCUGUUUCUGCAGUCGACGAUGUUAUCGUCAGGUGAUAGUGCUCUCACCUUUAUGUGGAUUGGCAACACUGUCCAUUACCGAGCUACAACGCCUGGCAGAAAAAGGGCUCUAGCAGUAUGCUUUAAUUGAUUGUUGUCUAGUAUCUGCUGUUUUUAGGACAUUGCACGAAGUAUACAGGGUGUCGCAGAAAUGUUCGACAGAUUUUGAGGGAUUGUGGAGGGUGCCCUGACUAAAAAUUGAACAAGGGAGCCCGUGUCUGGAAACGUCAACCAACGACGCUACACAGCAUCGACGUUAUAGGAGCCGGCGCCUGCUGACUAGGCUACCCUUUUGGCAGCAAACUUUAGGAUGCUGACGGACCGUAGGCUAAACGUCUUGGAAUGUUGUUUGUUAUUCAGUAGCCGGCCCCUGGUGGCCGAGCGGUUCUAGGCGCUUCAGUCUGGAACUGCGCGACCGCUACGGUCGCAGGUUCGAAUCCUGCCUCGGGCAUGGAUGUGUGUGAUGUCCUUAGGUUAGUUAGAUUUAAGUAGUUCUAAGUUCUAGGGGACUGAUGACCUGAGAUGUUAAGUCCCAUAGUGCUCAGAGCCAUUUUGUUAUUCAGUGAUCACGACCGAUUGCCACGAUCGCCAAUGGAAAAGAAGGAGUUGGCUGCUGCAUAGAAAGGCCAUGUCUCAUAUGAGUGCGAUGUUCUGUUGCCUCGAUGGACGACGGUUUCGGACACGGGUUCCCAUCCGCAGUUUAUUUUCCUCCUGGUACCCUCUAAAAUCUACAGUGUUUUUCGGCAUAGAGGCAAAAAAAAAUAAACUGCAGAUGGAAACUCGUGUCUAAAACAAAGACAACAGAGCAUCGCAUUCAUAGGAAGGAGACAGCGCCUGUAAAUGCAGCAUCUCCCCAACUGAAGAUAGGGGCAAUCAGUGGCGAUCACAGAAUAACAAAAAACAUUGCGAGACGUUCCGCCAACGGUCCGUCAGCGUACAAAGUCACAUUUUUCCGGACAUUGGUUCCUAUCUUCCAUUUGUUCUUCAAAACACCCUCUGGAGACAUUUGAAGUUUGUCGUAACGUUUCUGGCACAUCCUGCACAUUCUCAGAUUAUCGUUACAUUUGUCUGAUGCUUCAGGCUGAUUUAACAUUAGCGAGAAAUUGUUUCCAAUAGUUACUGAACGUUUUAUAUUCAGAAGCUGUGCUAGUUAGUGCAAUGUAUCAAGUUUAGGCUUAAUAGAAAAGUACUGUUGUGAAACUCAAUUUUUCUUAUACUACCAUAGUUAUUACAAGGUAGCCAAAAUGAAACUGAUCCACAAAGUCUGUAAGUAUGACUAGAACAGAUAACCGGCAUUAUACUUUUGUUACACUUAUGUGCAUAAAAUAUAGUUCAAGCGGAGGACAGUAAAGUGUUACAAAAUGGCAAUGUCUAUUAUCUGUGCAAGUAAUAACUUUAAACAUCUCCUGAACCAGCUUCUUUUGACUGCCCUGUAUAUUUCCAUUCUUUAUUUCGCAGUCCCGGUUAGAACAUUAAUUCAUCUCACUUUUUAACAAUGCUUUACUUCUUUCCGCCGUUCUAUCUUACUGAAGAUGUGUCGCUAUUUCCUGUCUGAGCAACGAGCAACAAAUUCUCCGGUUAUGCUAGAACGCAAUUCUCUAUCUCUUCGCCACAGGAUUCAGCUUUACGUGAUUGGCUUUCAUUGCAUUGUGUAAUUACAGACUUCUCGCUAGCGGAAGCUUUUACGGUGGCAGUCGACUGAGGUACAGUCGAGUCCUGGUAGCGGAAAGCCUAUUUUUGGCCAGCAAGGGCAGAAAGAUGUUGACGCAAUUUUUUCAUAGCCAAAUUUUGUACCAUUGCCCAGUACUAAAUUCCAAAACUGUGUGCAGUGCCUCGUGGAAUGUGACAUUGUUCACCGAGUGAUCAGACGUCUGGAUGGGGACGCUAAGCUCUGUGUCCCUCUUGGUGCUAUUCGAGCGAAGUAGGCUUCAUUCUUGCAUAGCGUUUCACCCUCUCCCUUCUCUUGUGUAAUCGUAAAAAUCACAGAGAUGGCACAUGCGCUCACUGCAGUUCCAUACACUAAGCGUUCAUAUGGAAUACACAACACUCACGCUUCGACAACGACAUGCGUCAAAUUGUGCGAAUGAAGGGAGCUAUCCCUAUGCAGGCAGCUGAACGAAUUUGGGAUGUCCCAGCCGUCAAUAUUCCACAUACUUUUUGUCGGAUUACCUUUAUUCGGAUGUUUUUGGAGUUGAGCAAAGACUCACCGACAUUCCUACUAUCUUAUGUAGAAUUAGAAUAAUUUGAGUAGUAAUCGUAGCUUUCUUUCUUUCUGUUUUACGCAGCGCUCUUUACUAAUAUAAAAAUAAGCGGUUUGAGAAAAUAGCUUACCUUUUUUACUUAUUUAUAAAAUUAUGACCCAUCUCUGUCUUUUUUUGACGGAGUACCAUGCUCAUAUACAGUCAGUACAGUUUCUUUGCAAAACCUUAAUAAUCUUUACACAAAUUUUAGUCUCACAGUCAGAAGGAUAUGUAAAUGACUCAUUACUUUUAUUGGAAGUGCUAACGUCUCAUCAUUUCACAGUAGAACUUAUAAUGUUUUUCUGUCUUGAGUCGUAAGCUAAAAUAAACUGUGCACCAACAUCAUCUGAUUCAAUAAACUGUGGUCCCAUACUUUGUCUAAUUACAAUGGAAAAUAAUUUUGAUUUCGCAUUAUCGAAACUCCAUUAUGAAAUAAUCAUUGAUUAUUGCAUACGAUUUAUCUGUAAGUUGGUAACCGAACGCACUAUUCAAAGAGUAAAUAUAAAACCCAUGAAGCUCAUGCUGCAUGCUACAUUUCAGAUGGACUGCCACUAAAAUGGUCUCUCCUGGCGCUCUUUCUCAAUGCUUAUACACAUCGUCAUCAGCAGCUGAUAUGGGCAAUGUGUUGUACGUAUUUCAGAAUACAGGAAAGUGAAACAGCUUAGAAAAAAGUACAUAUGACAAAUGGUACUUUGCUUCGUACAGAUGUAAACAGCAUCUUAUUUUUUGAGAUUUUGCUUAAGUCUAAAGGGUUUUAACUCAAAGCCAAUGUUUAUUGAAUCACUCUGUACGGUCCACGGACGACAAAUUACAAAGCCUUGUAAAUAGCCUAAAAGAUCAUUAAAUGUCAGUCAUCGUCUCCUUCUGUAUACACAGUGAUCUUGCUGAAUGUAUGUAGCGAUUAUUCAUAACCACGAUACAAACAGAAUAUAGUGUCUGUUGAGUACUUUUUACCAAACUGCAUUGGAACCCUUAUCUAUUUCAACUGUUCUAUGAUUAAUAUUUUUGUAUUUGUAACAAUACACACAGAUACAAAGGGUGUCACCAUAACAUAUAAUCAAAUGUAGUUAUGUUGAGAAAGUGUGCCCUAGCCUCCUGCAAAUAUGCUUUGUAAAUAGCGGAUGGUUUGUUUUAAUAUCCAAUCGUAUAGCAAACAUACAAUGAACUUCGUGUUACUUGUAAGAGUUGUACAAUGAUCUUCAGAAUACAGAUUAACUGCAUAGAGAUUACAUAAAACUUCAAAUGUAUAUCUAGCUAUAUGUCUUGUUAAAUAAACGUGCAGUAUUUAGAGGAAAAUAUGUAGAUAUUUGCCAGUAUAACAGCAAUAACUAGUAUAGCACAUAUAGAUACAUACUGGUGCACUGCAAUAAAGUAUGCAAUAGGAAAAUGUAUUUUUGUUACAUGUAGUACGAAGUAUAUAUACAUCACAGAAGUAGUCAGGCACAGCCUGGAGCCAAAUGAUCACUUACGUAGGAUUAGAAACACGGUUUCCCUUUGUCAUGUGUUCUAUGUAGUUUUACAGGUGGGACAGAACGCGAUAAAUCAUCAGAGCUAGGUUCAAAUGUUCCAUGUGAGCUACAUGAAUCAGAAAAACCACUAUAUUACUUACACAUAUGUUUCACUCAUGAGUCAUUUUCGUAGAUUCUAAUCUGUAAGUUCCUGAAUGUGUUAAUGAUAUUUAAUAAAUCAUCAAAUAAGGGCAAAGGGAAGCUGUACAUUGUAGAUUUAGAUGUAGGAAAAGCACCAUUUAUUUUGCUCACUUUUUCUGAAUAGUACAAAACGAUUCCGCCCACAGAGUGCAGUGAUCUGUACAAGCUGUGUUAUCUGAUUCCGUCCAUGAAUUGUACAUAGAAAUAAGAGUAUUUAAUAGAGUAUAUAAAUAACUACUUUUAAGAGAUGUAUUUUUUAGUAUGUAUAUUUGCUCAAACUAGUUAUAUACUUUAUAUGGUGAGAGCAAACGUUACUAAUGUCUUAUUCUGCAGAUAUUAAAAUAAUUUUACAGCUUCUUUAUAACAAUGGCGCCGAUAUAGAUUUGCAUCACUUGGAAAUUUAUACAGAGCACAAACAAUAAUAACUAAUUUUUGUGCCUUACUUAACGUAGCUGUAGCUUUCAGCCUGUGUGACUAUGCAUCCACACGAUGCAAGGCUAGAGUUGUAUUGUAUGACUUAAUUGAAUAUAGGCAUGGUCUUUUGUAUAUACUGUUUAUUUGUAUAUAUGUAGAACUUGGGUCCUUGAUAAUAUUUUCUGUUGUGUGUGUGUGUAAAUAUCAUAAUUAGCACCAUUAUCUUCUAUUUUUCUGUAAAUAAAGUGUU